UUGGUGUUCCAGAUCGACCUUCUUCCUCCAUCCCUUUCUCCACUACUCUUCUUCUUUUUCAGUGUCUGGUCUGGUAUCAUUUCCAUAACUCAAUGGCCAUGAAGAAAACAAUCUUGAAGGUGGAGUUAUUCGAUGACAAAAGCAAGCAGAAGGCCAUGAGGAAUGUCGCUUGCCUUCCAGGAGUUUCUUCAGUUUCCAUGGAUAUGAAGGACAAGAAAUUGACUGUAAUUGGAGAUGUGGAUCCAGUAAGCAUAGUGGGCAGGUUGAGGAAGCUUUGCCACCCAGAGAUAUUAUCAGUUGGCCCAGCAAAAGAGCCAGAGAAGAAGAAGGAGGAACCCAAGAAAGAAGAGAAGGACCCUAAAGAUCAAUGGGCUGAUCUUGUUAAAGCAUACCAAGCUUAUAAUCCCCACUAUACCACACACUAUUUUGUUAGAAGUGCGGAAGAAGACCCGAAUGCUUGUGUCAUUUGUUAAUCACCAGAUCAUAGAAGAAUCCAAAAAGGCAAAAGCAAUAUGGGUCUUCUAUAAUGAUGGUGCACCCAAGAACAGAAGCCUUAUGUACAGUACUGGAUGGUUAGCGGAUGGGUGUUUGAUUUUCUAUUGUAAGCCAGUUUUCAUUUGGAAUGUAUCAAAUUUUGGGGUGUGUUUUUUUCCCAUGAAUGAUGUAAGAACUUGGAGUUGUUAUGAUAAUUGAAUAUUCUGUCUCCUUGGUGAUGGAAAUUUGAGAUGAUGA